CCAAAGUGGUAGGGUUGGGAUCUCGUGAAGUCUCGUUUGUUGAUCUUUGGACGAGAAUUUGCGAGAUUGGAAACCAUUUUCGUGAAGUGGGGAGAGUGAUUUGUUCCCUCGCGUUUGGUGUAUUUUCAUUUCAAUUUAAUGUGUUUGAAACUGAAAUUAUAUUGUUAGUGAAAUCAGAACCUUGAAGUUUAAAAUAUUUGUGUUCGUGGACUGUUUAUUAAGUGUGGGCGUGGAAGUACAGUGACUAAAAGUUUUGUAGGCAAAACCAGACGUUGGAACUACAAAGCAGCGUGGCCAGUCUUUGUUUCUGUCAAGUUACGAGGUGGCUCGGCCAGGACUUCGUGAUGAAGCCGAAGGUGUCCUGGAAAGUGUGACCUAAACUUGUCUUCAUCUGAAGAACAAGAUUAUCUUGGAAAGACAAAUCAGCAGAAGUGCUCUAGGUUUUUCCUUCGCGCUAAUUUGUCAUACAAUCUGUCACAACGGCUUAGCUAGGAAAGUUGUAGUGUCAGUGAGAGAGAUUUUUCUCCCUCUGUUGAAAACUGUCAGAACAUUUUUUAAUCACCGCACCAAUGGACAAACGGAAGAUGUUGUCAAAACGUCCUCGCAUCGAUAACCUGCGUGGUCCCAUCGCUAAUGGCCCCAUGCAGACAAGACCAUUGGUGGCAUUACUCGAUGGACGAGAUUGCUCCAUAGAAAUGCCCAUUUUAAAGGAUGUGGCCACCGUUGCCUUCUGUGACGCACAGUCCACAUCAGAAAUUCAUGAAAAGGUCCUAAAUGAAGCUGUGGGAGCCCUCAUGUGGCACACAAUUAUUCUCACAAAAGAAGAUCUUGAGAAAUUCAAGACACUGAGAAUCAUUGUCCGUAUCGGUAGCGGAGUUGAUAACAUAGAUGUUAAGGCUGCAGGUGAACUAGGUAUUGCUGUAUGCAAUGUCCCAGGAUAUGGUGUAGAGGAGGUAGCAGAUACUACAUUAUGCCUGAUUCUCAACUUAUAUCGUCGUACAUACUGGCUAGCCAACAUGGUUCGAGAAGGCAAGAAAUUUACGGGCCCUGAGCAAGUCCGAGAGGCAGCUCAGGGCUGUGCCAGAAUACGUGGAGAUACUCUUGGUAUUGUUGGACUUGGUCGCAUUGGAUCUGCAGUGGCUCUUCGAGCCAAGGUCUUUGGUUUCAAUGUUAUUUUCUAUGAUCCUUACUUGCCUGAUGGAAUUGAAAAAUCACUUGGUCUGACUCGAGUCUAUACAUUGCAGGACUUGUUGUUCCAGUCAGACUGUGUUUCACUGCACUGCACACUCAACGAACAUAACCAUCACCUUAUCAAUGAAUUCACCAUCAAGCAGAUGAGGCCAGGAGCAUUUUUAGUGAACACAGCACGAGGUGGCCUGGUGGAUGACGACUCUUUAGCUGCUGCUCUCAAGCAAGGACGCAUCCGAGCAGCGGCUUUGGAUGUGCAUGAGAAUGAACCAUAUAAUGUGUUCCAAGGUCCAUUAAAGGAUGCUCCAAAUCUUCUCUGCACACCUCACGCUGCUUUCUACUCUGAUGCUUCGUGCACAGAGCUUCGUGAAAUGGCAGCAAGUGAGAUACGGCGUGCCAUCGUGGGCAGGAUCCCUGAUUGUCUUCGUAACUGUGUGAAUAAGGAAUACUUCCUCAGCACUACAAGCUAUCCUGAAGGAAUUAAUGGAGGUUACUAUGCAGGUGCCCUUCCUGUUCAGCAAGCCCAUUCUACCACACCUCAUGACCAGGUACCCCAUUCAGUGGCAGCUGGAGGAGGGGGUGCUGGAACCGCACCAGGCGGAGCUGCAGGUGCAGUUGCUGGAUUACAACAUAGCAUACCCCCUCUCAGCACUCCAGACCCAUCUAAUCAUCAUUCGCAGAAGCCCGAAUCAUCUGAGGUGCACUAACACCAAGUUGUUGUGUCUGGAAAGAUGAAGUAAUCACUGAGAUCAGUAACCCCAGCAUCUCCUCCUGGGAUAGUCUUCACCCAGAGAACCAUAAAGAUCAUGGAAAAUGAAGAAUUUCUAGAAGGAAUUAUCAGAGCAGCAGAACAAAUAUGUCAAGAUCCAUUAAAUCUUACAUUUAUUAUUGGUUUAAUGGUAGAACAUAACAAGAGAGAAAACUUUUAUCAGUGACUCGACCUAACAUAGAAAGGUGGGAUGGAAGUGCUUUUUUUUACUACUGCUAUUGCAAACAAGUACAAACAAAACUCCCCACUGAACGUUGUUGGAUGUGCCACUGCAUUUCCUACUAACUUCCAUUUUCUCCAUCACUUGUCCACAUUCUGAGGAUUUGGCCUCUGUUUUCCAAAAGUAGAUCUUUAAUUCUGCUGGGUGAGUGGAUUCCAUAAUACUGAUACAUGUUUUUGUAAUGUCUUGCAUGUUCAGUUGGAGCUAAUGUUUUAUAUAUCUUGUUCUCACGGCUCCAGAAAAAUGCUUGCCCACUCACCAAAGGCAAUUUUAACAGAGACAGAGCAAGAACAUUUUUAGUUUGUUCAAAUAUAUUACAGAUCUAUCCCUUACCCCUCCCUCUCCUUUUUAUUAUGGAAUUCUAAUCUAAAUUAAUUUGGCAAAAUUCAAACUUAUAAACUGUUUUUAUUAAUAGAGUGAAAUUUUCCAUUGGCAAAUUCAUGUUGCUUAUAAACAGACUUUAAAUAUAUUUAAAUUACAGCAAGGAGAUGGCAGAAGUGAUCGCAAAUAGCUGAACUUGUAGCGGAAUUUAAUGUUGUGUUUGUCUUGAUAUUAGACCCAGUAGAAUAAGAGUGUUCAAUAUCCAAAUUUAAAGUUUUCAUGGCAUUUGUAGUAAUGAGACUUUCAGGUUGUCAGCCGUGUCAGUAGAGCUGAUGAAGAAACUGCCAACAUUUUGAAAACAGCAUAAAUCUUGGAAUGGCAGCUUCUUCACCAGCUCAGCUGACACGGCUGACAACCCUGAAGGUCAUCGUUUUAUUAAGAGUGCUGAAUGAUUUUGAAAUUGGAUGGGAAAAGAUAAUACAUAAGCAAAUGGUUUCAGAAUGUUAAUUUCAUGCUACAGAGCAUGAAGUUGUGAACUACUCUUAAGCAGUGGGUAAAUUUUCCAUAUUUUGAUUGGGCAGUUAAUUUUUCUUUAUUUUGAAGUCAUACCACUUCUUGUGGGUAAUGCAAAGACUGGCAAUGGCUGUUUGUUACAUUAAUUAAAGGUAUUUUAUGUGGAACAGCCAUAUUUGCUAGCAUGGUAAACUUUGCUACACAGUAGUGCAAUAAUGAAGCAUAGCUUGACCCUGUCCGCAGUUUUGAUUUUGAAGAGGCUAUUAGAUACGGCAUAAUACUGGAACCCUUCUUAUCCUGUGAUCCUAAAGCCUGUGUUAAAAGACUAUACUAAAAUGACCAAGGUUUUACAAUCAAUGUGUCGUGUUAUUUUAAGGGAUGGUAAAUUUGUGUAGAUUGAAAUGUAGUUCAUUUUUGUUUUUAUUUUACUUCUGUAGCACAGAUAAGAGAAAAUUGUGUUUGGCACAGAGACAUUUGCUUUCAUCGAAUUCUUAUAAAAAAAUUUUACUGGUACAUGUAGUAGAUACAUGUCAAAUUCUUGCACUACGGUUUAAAGCCAUGUGCGCCGUUUUCAUUUAUGGUCUGUUUUGAUUGUUGCUCAAUUAGUGUAUUAUUUUCAUUGUUCAGAAACUUAAUGCUGGUUUGAGUGAUGCAGCUGUAAGAAUUUAUGAUGUUAUUGAUGUUUUAUUUUUCUUACAUGGCUGGAAUGUGACUUAAUAACAUUAUGUAAAUUAUUUCAGAAGCUUCAAAAUUUAUGCUGUAGCUUGGAAUUAGCAUGUCUGAGGUAUAUAAUUGAUAAAUGGUAAGGAUUUUAACGUUCUCACUGCUUUUGUUAUAAGUACCGUAUUUACUUCUGCAAUACUGAAAGGUUUUUAGCAUUUGUUUUGAUGCUACCCGAGGAAUCACAUACAUUUAGAUUUAAUUAUCGCUGUCACAAACUAAAUAUUUAAGAAUUGUUUGUACAUCAAGGAAAAUACUUCACCAUUGCAAAGAUUAAUGGGUUAAUGCUGUUAAAGGAAAUAAUUCAUGUUUACUAGACCCACAAAUACAAAAUACGCAGUUACUCAUUGUUAAAAGCAGCUGGCAUGUAUAGUUCCCACAUGUAAGAUUUGAGGUUUUCACCGGUGAGUAUGAAGAUUUCUGUCUUCUGGGUUCUUGCGCCGUGUAGUCUGGUAGGUGUUUACCGUUUCCGAGGUCAUACUCCCUCCGUCAUCAGGGCGAUGAACGUCAGAAACGUUGGUGGAAAUCUACCAGCCUACACAGCGCAACAACCCAGAAGACAGAAUUCUUCAUAGUUCCCACUUGUCUUCAAAGGAUUCAGGUUGCUAAUGUUUUAUGGUUGCCAUGAAACAAACAACAGAUUGUAGGUUCAGAUGCUUUUUAUGUAAUUUGUUGUGGCGAAAUGUGACAUUACAUAGUUAAACUAUUUCAAAAAUAUGGUUUGAAGCUUACGGAGAAAUUUUUAAAAGUGCUGAAUUUGUAUCCACACAAUAAUAUUGCAGAAUUUGAAUUGAGUAUACAUGAUCCCAGCAAGAGAGAACCACUUGAAUAAAAUUGAUUACAGUGAAGAUGUUAAAACAUUUGCUGCUGUAUGUUGAAGGUAAAUACUUUGGCAACACUUGCCCAGCAAAAUAAGAGCCGUAUGGAAAAUGCAUUCUACCCUGAAGUAUAUAUUAACUGUUCAUCUGUCUUUUUCCCCUGCGACCCAGGGGACUGAAGGCAGUAGUACAAAACCAACCCUCACCAACUAGCAUACCCUCGGACACCUCAUCCCCAAACUCUUAUUAUCAUUAUUUUUUGAUCCUACAGGGGCACAUCAAAACUUUUUGAUAGUUGCAAUUUUUGUGUAUGUGUGUAUGAAUGACGGUGUUACCUUUGGUCCAUUAUUGGUGGUGGAUUGGAAACUUAUGACAACCUUCAAUUAGAGCUGAGAAUUGAAAAAAUAAGUAUGUGUAAAGAGGUUUUGUCUUCAUUUUGGGAGGGGGAGGGGGGACAUCAUCAGUGUGUAGUCGAUGAUGACGGUUCUCCUCUUUACAAUAUAUAAUGAACAGGUGGUAUUAGGAAGCUGGAAGCUUAAUGGAAGAAGACCUUUCUUAUUAAAAACUUGUUGAUGGCCACAAUGGAUAUAACUGCAGUGAAUGCUGAUACUUUUUUUUUUAAUUUCCUCCAGAUGGCUUUUAAUGAAACUUGAGAGUGUGAAGUGAUUGGACACGAAUGUGAUGUCAGAAGUGAUUGCAGUCAAGAUCCUCUUCUUGUGUUAUGAGUGGACAGAACAAGAACGCGAGUCCAUACUGUAGUAAUAUGUACAAUUUUGUUUUCUGUGGAAAUGGUAUAAUAGAGACAAAACUUUCUAAUGUUCAUGCAAAUGGAACUCCCAACAAAGAAAUAAGAAAAGUCCUUAAAUUUACGUCGUGUGUAGAAGUUAUACUAAUGGUACUUUCAAAACACUAUCAAUUACAUAUUUUUCCCCCCCUUUGAAAUUCAGUUGCCAAAUGAAUGAUAAAUGCAGUAUAUAUACCUGUUUCUCUUUACCUGUACAAAAUUGGCUCUGCCUGAAGGAAGAGGGACUUGUUUUUUGCCCCCUAUGAACACUUCAACACAGCCAAAAUAUGGUGUGAGAUACUGUUCACUUGGCACAACCAUCUGAUUGAUUCUGCAAGGUGUAGCAGAAUCAAGGAAAUAAAGUAUGUUGGUAUUUAAUUUUGGGUUCUCAGAAAUGUUCGUUGAAUAAAAUCUGCCCCAAAAAUAAUGUUUAGAAACAAAUGUGAGCAAAUAUAUGUGUAUUUGCAAGCAGAAUUCUUUAGACUUAUAAGGUACCCAGUUAUUGUUAAUCCUCUGAUUCAGCUCUGAUUUUACAGUAUGGCAGAAGGUCAGCCUCCGACUUCUGACCAAAAUAUUAGGUGUCAGCACGUCACUGUUUCUUUGUAAAAAAUACACUCUUAUCUUUCAUGUUUGCUAUUAAGUAGGAUUUGUGGUUCUUAUGGCAAUGUGUAUGAAGAUGACUGUCUUCCAGUUUGUAGUGCCGUGUAAACUUAUAGCAGACUACAUGGUGCUUCAUAAGUGUCAUAAAAGGGCGUGUUUUUUUAUUGACCGCAAAAGGUUUGUUGGCAUGAUUUCCUAUGGUGCAAGCAAGCCAGAUUCAAUUCCUAGUUGGUUUUUUCACCAUGUCUGUAAUGGCUUUGGAGGUCAUGAUUUGUUUAAAGUCUUUGCAUUAAUUUUCUUUCUUCCUUCAUUCGCAUUUGAGAUCAUGAAGAGCAAAGUUGGUUGCACUGUGUGAAAGGUUGAAAAUACACCAAUAUCGUACAAGAAUGAAGGUUUACACACCAAAGUAUGAUCAGGUAUGAAUGGCGCGCUGCCAAAACUAAUAAAGUCACACGACUUCUGCAGUGUAAACCAAGGUUUCUGGCUGAAGAAAAUUCUGCAAAAUGCAUGUGCAGCAAGCAAACAUUCAUUAGAUGUUUUGAUGUUGAAAAUUGUUGUUUUUUUCUAUACGUUUAGGACGAGUACUGUUCAGAAUCCUUCAAUCCCGUUAUACUAGUUUGAUGUGUCUGAAGCUAUUCUGAUGAUGUAUAAAGUUUCACUCUUGUAAGAUAUUGGUGUAUUUGCAAUCCUUUGCAUUGAGGAGCUAACUGGGUUCCUCUCAUUGUCAGAUGCGUAUACAGGAAGAAACAAAAUGAAUGGAUGAAUGUGGACUUGUAAAGAAUGUUAAAUUUCACAUCUUCCAAAUCCAUUACAAACAUGGUGAUUUUAAAAAAAAAUGUAACAGUGAAUUGAACCUGGUCUCCAAUACUGUAAGCAAGCACGAUACUAGCCGAGCUUCCACAAUCUGUGAAAAGAUGCCUCUCUUAUGAGAUAUGAAGUAACAAUAAAGAAUGCAAACAUAAAAUUGUGUUACAAAAGAAACAGUGGAAUACUGACACCUAAUAUUUUUGCUGGGAAGUCAGAGGAAGGUCCACUGCCAGACUGCAAAACCAGAGCCAGAUCUCAGGGUAAUAAUAGACUGGAUCCCCUUGUUAGGACAUCAUGGAGUCUACUGCAUACUUAUUAAUGUGUUAAUAGUGGUAGUACAAUGAGUUGAUGGAAGGGAAUGCAAAAGACUGUGAACAAACGUAUUUCAGGAGAUGUUAUUGCACAAGUAAUCACAAAAGUUUUGUUGUGGAAGAACUUUUGGACAGUGUCCAUUGUCUUAUUAUAAAAUAUGUUGUCAAGUAUUCCAAAUAGAACACAUCAUUUUGGAAACUGGAUCUGUUUUCAUCCUCAGGUAAAAAAAGAGUUUUGAGUUUUAACUCGGUUGCGUCCAUUGUAGCUAGUCUGAAUCAUUGGACUACCUAACAGACCCAGAUGAGAGGUACUCCCACCUUUUCACCAGAUGAAAGGUUUUAUUCUGUUCAGAAUACUGUACAAUAGAGUCCUGAGACCCAGUAAGUGAUAUAUCAUCAACAGAGCCAUUUAGAAUUGGUGUAUGCAGUGUUUUGAGGGUUGGCUCUAUCUUCAUCUUGAAGUAUAAUGAAAGGGGACCCUUUGUUAGAUAAAACUAGUCCUUAUCCUAGGCUGACUCAUCUUGGGGUCUUCAAGUAGAUGGAUGGGGUACCUCAUUCCACACAUUCAAACAGCCAUUGUGUUUAAUAGUAUCUAAAAAUACUUGUGCAGAUUAUUUGUGCAUGAGACUUAAAUUUGAAAUUAGAAUCAGGCACUGCUCCUCAGUUUUCACAGAAAGUGCACAUGCAGCAUCUUUCAUGACAAAGGUAAAUACAAUCCACUGUUAGAAACUGAACUCACUAUGCUACUUGUACUUGUCCGUAACGCUCAUUUAGUUACAGAUAGCAGAACGCAUUCACUUGUCUUAAUGAAGACCACGUUUUACAAAAUUAAAAUGUACUUCAAAUACUUUUCUUCUUCUGUCUUAUUACCAUUCUUGUGUCAAGGUCUGUAACUACAAACUACUUUAAAAGCAGUGUCUUUAAUGACUGUUUAGAAUUUAAUUUUAGUAAGCAAGGGUUUAUUUAGGGUAAGUUAUCGUUUGUGGGAUUUAUACAUCUCAUGAUUUCAUUGCGUGUUUAUUGAAUUAAUGUUUCAGAGCUUGUUCUUGAAUGGUGCUGUGAUUAUUGUCAGUGAUACAGCAGAUAAGGAUACACACACACUAGUAGUAGUAUAACAUAUAGUUACCAAAGCAUGUGAAAAUUUUGCAUUUCCUUUCUGUAUUUGUUUACAACUACUACUUGUCUGGUGAUGGCAAGAAUGUGGAAGCAGCUGAACCAACAUAGAUAAAUGUUACAAAAUGAUGCUUGGUUGUGCCAAGUAUUACAUAAAAGUGCAAGUUUGUCCCUGUCAAAAAAAAAAAUAUGGUGUAAGUGGUAGCGACAAUAGAUAUAUUGAAUAAUUGAUUAAGAAUUUAUAUUUUUCUUAAAUGUGAUAACAGUCUGAAGAAAGAGCAAGAAUUGGUAGUAUUCGUACCAUGUAAGUGUAUGGAAUUAUUUUCUACUGUUUGGCAUAAAACACAGGUUCUAAUCAAGAUGUUUUUUCUGCUUCACAUCUAAACAAGUGAUUGUAGCCUAAUUUGUAUUAAUAUGGAUGCUUGUUUUGAAGAAUAAGAACUAUCGUAACUACAUAUCGGCAUGGAAUCAUUCCAGUAGAUAUUUCCUGUUUUAUUUUCUCUUUGAUGGGAUUGCCUCAUUAUGGCUGAGGAAAGGUGAAAAUGCAGAAUGGUAGGAGAAAUAGAUCAUUUUAAGAUAGUAGAAUUAAGAGACAGUGAGUGGGAAGUGUGGCAUGUUUGAAACAUCACGUCAAGGUUUAUUUUAAUUUCAUAACUACUAUUCAUUGGCAGGACAAGGGAUAAAAUAUCCUUUUACUAGAGGUAGCUGGGGUGGUCAAAAUGUUAUGCCAAAAGCAGCCCAUUUCAUUGCAUAAUUUUGGACAUCCCAGCACAUAGAUUAUGCAGAAUGAAAAUGUUGCAUAGCUGUUAGGUAUGCCAGACAAUUUUAAAUGUCUUAGCCAUAUCAAAAUUUUAUUUCCUGUGUAAUAUGUAAUAUAUCUAUAUAUAAGCUAUUCAUAUUUUUUACAACAUUUUAAUUUGGUUGUCUUGUUUGCUACCAGCUUAGGAAGGUGAAAUUGCUGAUGUUUGUGGUAGAAUGUUAUGUUGGUGGCAUCAUAAUGUAGCUGUCAUUUUGGUUCUUAUAAUUUGUUGAAUUGUGGAGAAGUAAUUUGAAUAAAAGAAGGUAGUAAAGUUUUGAUAUUGCAAUAUAGGCAGAUGAAUCUGAUAUCAGGUCCCAUUUAAUAAUUUGAUAUUCAGUAGAUAUUGCCUGGUAUCCAGUACAGAAAACUAUUUUCAUAUAUCUAUUCUUCCUGUAACUGUGUUUGUGUUGUAAACUUUCUCCUCACGUAACAAUUGACAUGCUGCUCUGUGAGUGAAGUCUUUCUUACAAACAAUGAGUUCUUGUAAGCAAGUUCAUACAUUCCAUCCGAAGAUUCAUGCAACCACCACAUGAGUAUAUCUGGGACUUUUCUACCACUGGGAUAUUUCCUAGUGAGCUGUUACGCAUUUUUAUAUUUACACCAUAACAACAUAGUUUACAUUUACAAUAAAGUCCCAGUAUUUUGUGUUUUGUUCUCCCAAGGUACCUAAAAAUGUUCGACAUUUGUUACAACAAACGCUGACAAAAAAUGUGAUUUUUGCAAGAAUUAUUUCUGUAUUGAACUGGUUUUCAAAUUACCAUUGUGGUAGGAAACCUCUCUCUUUCUGUACCUCUAUUCCUUCCUUCAUAAUUGAUCUUCACUGCUACAUAGAAUUGUGUGCUGUUUCCUCCUCUCUCAGCGGUUCGUUGUUCAAGAUGCUAAUCAAGAACUCUUGUAGAUACAUUCUUAAGAUAAAUAUAACAUGAUAGAAUAUGGACAGUAAAAAGAGUGCUUCUUCCUGUAAUUUACAUUCUCAACGACAAAAUAAAAUAUCUCAUAUCAUUUGCAUAUGACCACAGAACUUCCCGUUGAAGUUGUUUAGAUACUAGCAUUAGAACCAUCUCUGAACAUUAGUGACUGCUGACAUUUUUCUGAUCAUCUGCAUUUGGAAUCAAAAGAUGCAAGCUGCUUAUUGUAAUUUUAAGUUGUUUCUUAAUUCUUUGUGGUUUAUAGUAUCAUUUGUGAAUUGUGAUGUUAAAUGCAUCUUCUGCAUUGGACAUGGGUGAGUUAAAUGAAGUAAUUCCAUUGCAAACUUACAUAGCUUAAUAAUAUUAAUACAUUAUAACUAACUACACUAUAUAUGAUCUUUCUUGAAUAGUUGGCAGUUACUCAGCUGUUCAGAUUUCUCAUUUCAUGGAGCUCAAGGCUUCAUAAGAAGCCUAACAUUGUAUCCUAUUCUUAGCCACUUGUGUCAUACACGUGUUUCAUUUCUUUUUAGUAA